GAUAUGGUAGCACGUUCAUAAAAUUAAUAGUUCCUAUCAUCUUUAACCACUCAAUAAACUCUCUCACCCUAUUCCGACCCAAACCCACGCCCAGACCACUUCCAAUUGCUUCCCAUAGUUUUGAUUUCGGAGUCAAAAUUGACUCCAAAGUGAAUGUCAUCGCGACUCUUCCCAAUUUAUUUUGAUACGGAGUAUUUUUGAAGCUGGUUAAUCAAUCACAGUUUUGCUUUGUUUUGAAGUUUUGAGUCAAAGAAUCUUCUGUAUAUGCACAAGGGCUUAGUUGGAAGAAGCUUGGAAUGCUCAGGAGAUUACCGUUCACGGGAGUGUGGAAGCACAGUAGGUGGAAAAGAAUCUUCUUGAGCACGACCACCGGCGGAAUCGCAGUCUCCGACGUCGUCACCAUCAACACUAGCAUCACCAAGCUGGCCAAAAGUGGCCGUCUCGAAGAAGCACGGGAGCUGUUCGACGAAAUGCGCGACCGAACCGUCGUCUCCUGGAACACCAUGAUCUCUGGCUACGCACAGCGGGGAAAGUACGGAGAAGUUUUUGCUUUGCUUUCCUUAUUGCAUCGCAGCAGAACAAGAUUUAACGAGUCCACUCUUUGUUCGGUUCUGAGCGUUUGCGCUCGUUCAGGGUCGUCCUGGGAAGGAAAACAAGUCCAUGGCUUGGUCCUGAAGUCUGGGUCCGAAAACUUCAAGCUUGUUGGGAGUUCUUUGCUGUACUUCUACUCGAGUACUCAUGAGAUUGAUGACGCGGGUAAGGUGUUUGAUGAAUUGCAUCAAAGGAAUGAGCUGCUUUGGAGCUUGAUGCUUGUGGGGUAUGUACAGUGUAACCUAAUGAACGAUGCUUUAAGGAUCUUCAAGAAAAUGCCAUGUCGUGAUGUGAUUGCCUGGACUUCAUUGAUCUCCGGAUACUCGAAAACUCAACAGGGAUCUCAUAAGUCUUUGGAGUUAUUUGCGCUGAUGAGAAAGAAUGGAAACGAUGUGGUACCAAAUGAGUUCACUUUGGAUUGUGUCAUAAGAGCUUGUGGCCAACUGUGUGCUUUACCAGAAGGAAAGGCUGUUCACGGUCUGGUAGUUAGAUUUGGUUUUGAAUCGGAGCAUUCGAUCCGGGGAGCACUCAUUGAUUUUUAUUGCACUUGUAUGGAGACGGAUGAUGCUGAAAGAGUGUACAGCCAGCUGCUAAAUCCUUGCUUGAAUGAUUCAAAUGUGUUGAUAUCUGGUCUUGUGAUGGCUGGAAAGGUUGAAGAAGCUAAAUCUGUUUUCAAAGGGUUGAUUGACAGAAAUCCAGCGUCAUAUAAUUUGAUGAUAAAAGGGUAUGCCUUGGGUGGCCAAGUUGAGAAGGCAAAGAAGCUUUUUGCUGAAAUGCCCCAAAGAACGUUAACUUCCACAAAUACAAUGAUAACUGUGUAUUCCAGGAACCAUGAGAUUGAGAAGGCUCUUGAACUGUUUGAAGAAACUAAAGGAGAGAGAGAUCCCAUUACUUGGAACUCAAUGAUUUCCGGUCACAUUCAAAAUGAUCAGCACGAAGAUGCAAUGAAACUAUACCUAGAGAUGUGUCAGGUCCCAAUUACCCAAACGAGGUCCACGUUUUCUGCCCUUUUUCACGCAUGUUCAUGUAUUGGUUCUCUACUGCAAGGGCGGCUUAUUCAUGCCCAUGUCAUGAAAACCCCAUUUCACACCGACAUUUAUGUUGGGACGGCACUUGUGGAUAUGUAUUCCAAAUGUGGCACCAUAGCCGAUGCCAAAGCAUCUUUUAUUGGAAUCGCUUGUCCAAAUGUUGCAGCUUGGACGGCUUUGAUCAAUGCAUAUGCACACCAUGGGCUUGGUUCCCAGGCAAUCUCAGUCUUCAACCAUAUGUUGGAGCAAAAGGUACAUCCAAAUGCUGCAACAUUGGUUGGGGUACUGUCUGCUUGUACGCACGCGGGCAUGGUCAGUGAGGGCAUGAAAAUUUUCCAUGAAAUUGAAACACAAUACGGUGUAACACCCACACUAGAGCACAUUACAUGUGUAGUGGACCUUCUCGGCAGGUCAGGCCAUCUUAAAGAAGCUGAGGAAGUAGUGAACAGUAUGUCCGUUGAUCCUGACAAGGUACUACUCACAGCUCUUCUUCAUGCUUGCUGGUUCUGCUCAGACAUGGAAGCUGGCGAGAGGAUGGGGCGCAAAGAUGCAGGCAAGGAAUGUGAUGAAAGGAAUGGACACAAAGAAACCUCCGGGCUGUAGUUGGACAGAGGUAAAUAACAGAGUUUACGUGUU